AUGACAGAUCUACCGGAGACCAUCAAAGCCAUUCAGAUCCAACAGGACCGGACUGUCGCUGUCGUCGCCAUCCCUUUCGCAUCGCAAGAAAAGAUACGAAGUCUUCCUGAAGACCAGGUAUUGGUCCGCGUACGUGCAGUUGGCCUCAACCCGUCAGACUGGAAGCAUGCCUUCACGGAAUGGGGCACACCUGGCGCCAUCUCAGGAUGCGAUGCCUCGGGCGAUGUCGUCGCAGUCGGCUCAGGAGUAUCGCACAUCAAAGUUGGUGACCGUAUUGCGGGCUUCAACGACGGUGGAUCGUGGCAGAGCGACAACGGAGCCUUCGCAGAAUACACACGUUUCGUAGCAGCCGCAUGUUUCGUGCUCCCGCCGAACAUGACCUACGAAGAAGGCGCAUCGUUCCCAGGCGUACACUGCACCGCUGUACAGAACCUCUACAUGCGCUUGCCUAUCCCAAAGCCGUUCACUUCCGAAGCCGCCGCGUUCAAGCACAAGGGAGAGAAGAUACUUGUGUGGGGCGCGAGUACGGCUGUUGGACAUCAUGUCAUUCAGCUCGCUGCUCUGUCGGGACUCGAGGUCUACGCUACCGCAUCGCCUGCUGCAUAUCAGGACGCCAAGGCCCUCGGCGCCUCUCAUGUAUUUGACUAUAAGGACCCGGAGGUCGUCUCGAAGAUUCAGGCGCAGGCGGGCGAGAAAGGCAUUGCCUAUGCGAUUGACUGCGUCACCGAAAGAGGCAGCACGGAGCCCACAAUCGACGCGAUGUCUCUGAGCGGCGGAGGCAGAGUCCUAGUCCUCCUUCCCGUCCCCGAAGCCGUCGCGAAGCGCCGUGCGAACGUCACCGUCGAGUUCAACCUUGUCGGUACGGUAUUCGGUCGUGAGAUCAUCGUUGCGCAUAGCUGGGCCUGGCCCGCAGUUCCAGAGGAUAAGGCGCGGCUACAGGAGUGGUGCGCGCACGACAUCGCGCGCUUGCUUGAGGGAUGGAAGGCGGGUGAGGGCGCGCCGAUGUUCAAGCCACAACGGCUGCGCGAGCUUUCGGGUGGGCUGACGGCUAUUGAGAGGGGUAUGAGGAUAAUGCAGGAGGGCAGCUAUGGCCGCGAGAAGCUCGUAUGUAGGGUUGCGUGA